GAGUGCUCAUAGUCUCACACUGAGCGUACCUUUUCGCUUAUCAGAGGCAGUUCCCGUUUUGGUGAGCGGCGGAGCAAAACCCUAAAACCCCAAACGGUGUCAAUAACUAAAUCUCCCAAUCUGAUUGAAGCAGAGGCAAUUGGGUAUUUGGUGAGUACUCCCUUCUUUCGAAUCGUUUGCUCAAAUUAUGUUUGGUGGUUACUGUAAAAGAUGGCAACUACUAGUUCCAACUUCAGUUACCCAUUUCCAUUGCUUUCAAAAGCUCUCCUUUAUACAGUAUCACUGUAUACUCUAAAACCCAAUUGGGAGACAUCGUUAACAGUAAAGCUUGAUUCAGCUGAAGCUGAGCAGGGGAAGCAUUGGUAUUGACAAAGCAGACUUGGUCGUUAAGCUUCUGAAACACUAUGGAUGUAGUGAUACCCUUGUUUCCAAAAUAGUUCGGAAAGGACCAAAGCUGCUCCUAUUCAAUGCGCAAAAGACCCUACUGCCCAAACUCGAGUUUUUCGCUUCUAUUGGCAUAUCAGGCACUGCUCUUGCUGGGGUGCUUUCUAUGAACCCAACAGUCUUGCAAUUAAGCUUAGAGAAUACUCUCAGACCUUGUUAUCGUAUCACCAAAACUCUACGUAUUCCCCCUGAAAAGCUUCCGUGUUUCUUUAGAGACUUCAGGCGGAUUGCUUUAGGAAAAUUGUGCAUUGUUGCCAGCAAUACUUCAAUUCUGAGAGCACAUGGUGUGCCAGAAUCCUCUUUUCCUCUGUGGGUGGCCUUUCAUUUCAAUGCACUGUCCUUCGACUCUGAGAAGGUCAAAGAAAAUGUCAAGAAAGUCAGGAGCAUGGGAUUUCAACCUCUAUCUGCCACAUUCAUGAAAGCACUGUAUGUGAUAUCGGUGACUGAUGCAUUGAAAUGGCAACAGAAGAUGGACUUAUAUAGGAAGUGGGGUCUAACUGAAGAUGAUGUAUUGUCGGCAUUUAGAAAGUAUCCCUUGUUUAUGAACUUCAGUGAGAAGGUUAUAUCGAGUAAGAUGGAUUUCUUUGUGAACUCAAUGGGUUGCCAGCCCUCAUAUGUGGCUGCAUGUCCUGAUGUUCUAUGUUAUAGUUUGGAGAAGCGAAUCAUACCUAGGUGUUCAGUUAUCAGACUUCUCCAGGUAGAAGGCUUAAUCAAGGAAGAUGUAUCUAUACAAAACAUUCUGAAGUGUAAUGAGGAUUCGUUCUUCAAAAGGUAUGUGAUCAACUAUCAAGAGCAAAUACCUGAGCUGCUGAGCAUCUCACAAGGAAAAAAAUUAUGCUAAGUUGGGGUUAGGAUUAAGCGAAAGAGGUGGAGUGAAACAAUUGUAGGACAAAGCGUGUUAUUCUGCACUGUAUUCGAUGAUUCAGAUGAUGGAUAGUCAAAUCUAUCUCUCUUUGGAUAUUACAAUUUUAUUUAUUUUACUAUAUUAUGUCUUGAAAGAGAGACUUUUAAAUG